AAAUAAAUACUGAGUCCUAGUCCCACGUUUUCUGAGACACUCCUCAACUGCUUAGACAUUCUGAGCCUACUGCAGAGGAACCUCCAGUCACAGCACCAUGAAUCAAAGUGCUGUUCUUAUUUUCUGCCUUAUCAUUCUGACUCUGAGUGGAACUCAAGGAAUACCUCUCUUUAGAACUUCACGCUGUGUCUGCAUCAAGAUUAGUGAUCAACCUGUUAAUCUAAAGUCCUUAGAAAAACUUGAAGUGAUUCCUGCAAGUCAAUCAUGUCCACAAGUUGAGAUCAUUGCCACGAUGAAAAAGAACGGGGAAAAAAGAUGUCUGAAUACAAAGUCUAAGGCCGUCAAGAAUAUACUGAAAUCAAUUAGCAAAGAAAGGUCUAAAAGAUCUCCUUGAACAAAGAGAGAAGCAUAAUCACAGCACAGAGACUGCCUCUGCCAUCAUUUCCCUUCAUAUAGUAUAUGUCAAGCCCUAACUGACCCUGGAUUGUAGUUCUCCUAAACGGUGACCAACCAGUCACCAAAUAAGCUGUUACUCCUACAGGGCGGUGGAUGGUUCAUCAUCCUGGGCUGUUCAGUAGUAACUCUGCCCUGGCAUUAUACUAUAAGCUAUGCUCGGGUGCUACAUUCUUAGUGAAUGUGUGAAGCCCUAGUCCUGCUUUCCUCAUCUUUCCUACUUUCUAAAGGUUAUUAAAAGAUCUUUCUACCUCUAAGCUUAUUUGAGUUCUUAGAAUCUCAAAUAACGUGAAUGUAAUCAAAGUGAUAAUACAAUCAUACAAUCUGUUUUUUUACAGAAAGAUCUUUACUCCAUGGGCUUCUACUGCCAUUAUCCCAAAGGGCUCAGAAUCUCCUGGUGGUUAUAUAUAUAAUUUUUAUUAUAUAUGUAAUUCCAAAUCAUAGAAAUGUAUGGAAAUGUAUGUGAAAAUAGUAUUAUUGAAUGAAAAACUGUACAAAGCAGAAUUCUUAGAUGUAUAUGUCUUUUAUAUUGUUUUCAGUGUUUGUGAAAUAACUUGUAUUAUUACGUACUACACAUAAAUGAGCAAUGGAAGAAUUUUUAAAUCAGAUAUGCUGCGUGUUAUGUAAGACAAAUAUGCUGGAUGUUUUUCAAGAUAAAAAAGGUAUGCUCUCUUGGAAAUAUCAAGAAUGAUUAUUUAACUGUUGAGAGACUAAAAAAGUAAUAAAAUAACUAUAACUAA